AUGCACAUUGAUCAGUCCUUAUUUCAACCAAACGACUCCGAGUUAGGUACAAUGUCAAAGAAUCUUUUAACAAUUUCCCCCAAGGGGUUCCGCGCACUUCUUUCUGGUGCAUCCUCCACUUCAAGAGUUAUCCCUGUGGACGCAACAUGGUACAUGCCUAAUUCCCCACACAAUGCACGUAAACAGUUUAAAGAAGAACGUUUAGAAAAUGGAGUCUUUUUUGAUCUUGACUCAGUGGCAUUGCCAGACUCAAAAUAUCCACAUAUGUUACCCACAUUUGAACAUUUUAAGAAUUCUGUCUCACAAUUGGGGAUCAAAAAGGAUGAUAAAGUCGUUGUGUAUGAUAAGCAAGGAAUCUUUUCAAGUCCUCGUGUUGCCUGGAAUUUUUCAUUAUUUGGACACCAAAACGUUUACCUCUUGGAUAAUUACAAUACAUAUAAAAAAAGUGAAUAUCCAUUAGAUACUAAAUCAAUUGAUACUAAUAAUGGUGUCGAAAACGUUCAAUAUGAAACAAUCUCCAAUGAAAAGUUCGAUUCCAACUAUAAGUCCCAAGUAAUUGAAUACACAGAACUUUUAGAUUUAGUUAAAUCGGGAAAAUUGGAAGAAGAUUACGUAUUCUUCGAUGCUCGUUCUACUGACCGUUUCACGGGUGAACUGCCCGAACCCCGUCCAGGUUUACCAUCUGGACACGUUCCUUCUUCACUUUCCUUACCAUUUACUAAAGUUCUUAAUACAGAUAAAACUUUUAAAUCUAGAUCAGAAUUGAUAGAACUUUUCAAGAAUGAUUAUGGAAUAGAUUUUGAAUCGAGUGACUUCCCCAAAAAACACGGUAUUAUUGUUCUGUGCGGCACUGGCGUAACUGCUGUGAUUUUAAGAGUGGCAAUCGAGUCCGUUAUCGGAAGCACCGUACCAAUCAGAGUAUACGAUGGAAGUUGGACUGAAUGGGCCCAAAGAGCACCAAGUGAAUUCAUUAUAACUGAUGUGUAG